ACCAAACACCAAAGACCCAUUUCGCUCCGGAGCGCGCAACGCCUCACCCCGCUCAUAAACCCCGCCGCGGCGAUGCCUCCCCUCUCCUCCUCCGCCCCCUCCGCCGCCUCCCUCCGCCACGCUCUCGCUCUCUCUCCUCCGCCUCCGACGCCGCCGCGGCCACCUCCGGCGACUCCGCCUCCGGCCCCGACCUCGACAUGGACCUCGCCGCCCCCACCUUCACCAUCUGGGGAUCCAACACUGGCGUCGGCAAAACCCUAGUCUCCGCCGGCCUCGUCGCCGCCGCCGCCCUCGCCCCCUCCCCCUCCUCCUUCCUCUACCUCAAGCCCCUCCAAACCGGCUUCCCCUCCGACUCCGACUCCCGCUUCGUCUUCCGCACCGUCUCCUCCCUCUUCCGCCGCCGCCUCUCCGGCGACCCCGCCGCCGCCUCCCUCCUCGCCUCCCACCACCUCCUCCGCGCCUCCCCCGCCGCCGCCGCCGCCGCCGAGCCCCCGUCCUCCUACGAGGCGGCGCGGAUCGGGACUGGGGAACGCGACGACGGGGAGCUCAAUAAGCUCGUGUGCAAGACCCUGUACGCGUGGAACGAGGCGAUAUCGCCGCACCUCGCGGUGGAGAGAGAGGGGAUGGCGGUGGGGGACGCCGCGCUGAGGGCGGCGGUGGGUAGUUGUUUGGGGUCGUUCGUAAGAGGUUUGGGCGAUGAGUGGAAGGGGACGAGGGUUUGGAGAGUGAUCGAAACCGCGGGGGGCGUCGCGAGCCCGGGGCCUUCUGGUACUCUUCAGUGCGAUUUGUAUAGGCCUUUCAGGUUACCUGGCAUACUUGUUGGAGAUGGCCGUUUGGGUGGCAUAUCCUCAACUAUCUCAGCAUAUGAGAGUUUAACUAUGCGAGGAUAUGAUGUUACAGCUGUUAUAUUCGAGGACAAUGGCUUGUCAAAUGAAGUGCCGUUACUUUCUUACUUAAGAAACAGGGUUCCUGUGUUCGUACUUCCACCUAUCCCGAAAGAUCCUUCUAAUGACUUGAUGGAGUGGUUUUGCGAGUCUGCCUCAAUUUUCAGUUCUCUUCAGGAAACAAUGAUAUCAUUUCAUUCAGAAAGGAUCCAGAGACUACGUAGUAUGAAAAGAAAGGCAAGAAAUAUAUUGUGGUGGCCUUUUACUCAGCACGAUCUUGUUCCUGAAGAGUUGGUUACAGUCAUUGACUCCCGUUGCGGUGAGAGUUUCUCAAUACAUAAGGUUAGGCAUGGUGAAGAAAUGAUCGUUCCUCAGUUUGAUGCCUGUGGUAGUUGGUGGACUCAAGGGCCCGAUUCUACAUUGCAGACUGAGCUUGCCAGAGAUAUGGGUUAUUCUGCUGCGAGGUAUGGCCAUGUAAUGUUUCCUGAAAACGUAUAUGAGCCUGCACUGCAUUGUGCUGAAGUGCUGCUUGGAGGAGUUGGAAAAGGCUGGGCUUCUCGAACUUUCUAUUCUGACAAUGGAUCCACCGCAAUUGAAAUUGCACUGAAGAUGGCAUUCCGUAAAUAUUUACUUGAUCAUGGAAUCCUUUUGGAUUAUGAAAAGGGGAUCCUAAGUGAAAGAUGUAUUCAGCUAAAGGUUCUGGCUCUCAAUGGAUCUUAUCAUGGCGAUACUCUUGGUGCUAUGGAAGCUCAAGCUCCGUCCUCCUAUACAACUUUUCUUCAACAGCCAUGGUAUUCUGGAAGAGGCCUUUUUCUGCAGCCUCCUAUAACAUUUAUAUCAAAUGAGAUAUGGAAUAUUUCUUUACCAGUUUCUUUGCAGUUCCAAUCAACUGAGCCUGAAAAUUUGAGUUAGUAUCUGUUCCUUGAUGAUGUAUUCUCACAAUGUAGAGACUCUUUAGCUAUCGCUCGUAUCUACUCUGAGUACAUAUCAGAGCAUUUGUCAAAACAUUCAGAGUUGAGUCCAUCAACACAUAUUGGAGCUCUAAUUGUCGAACCUGUCGUACAAGGCGCAGGUGGAAUGCGUAUGAUCGAUCCUCUUUUCCAACGGAUCCUUGUUAAGGAGUGUCAAAAUCGUAAAAUCCCUGUCAUAUUUGAUGAAGUGUUCACAGGAUUUUGGCGUCUGGGCCGAGAGUCUGCUGCUGAACUGCUAGGUUGCCUACCAGAUAUCGCAUGCUAUGCCAAACUGAUGACUGGAGGAGUUAUACCAUUAGCCGCAACUUUAACAACGGAAGCUGUUUUUGAAUCUUUUAGAGGUGAUUCUAAGCUUAUGGCUCUCUUGCAUGGACAUUCUUAUACUGCUCAUGCUAUGGGCUGUACUUCGGCCGCAAAAGCCAUUCAGUGGUUCAGAGAUUCUUCCACAAACCCUAACCUUGACUGUGAAGGAAAGAGACUAAAUGAGUUGUGGGAUUUGACACUUGUGCACAAGAUAUCAUCCCUUCCCAACAUAAAAAGAGUAAUAGCCCUUGGAACUCUUUGUGCUGUCGAGCUCAAAUCUGAAGGUUCUGAUGCUGGAUACGCAUCCCUAUAUGCGAGCUCUCUUGUUCAACAGCUUCGUGAAGACGGUGUGUAUAUAAGGCCUUUGGGGAACAUCAUAUAUCUUAUGUGCGGCCCCUGCACAUCCGCCGAUUUCUGCACUCAACAGCUUCAUAAAGUUUAUCAGAGAAUUUGUGACUUCGAUUGUGGUAGGGUGAAAGAAUCGGAGUCACAUGAGAAUGCGAGCGAACCACAGAUUAUUGCAGCAUGACGAAGCUGUUGAGGUACAUGAAUCUCAGACUCGGAUUAAGAUGAAAUUAUAUUCUUUCUUUACCAAAAUUGAUUAUGCUUUUUUAUCGCUCCAUCAGACGGUAUUCACAUUUUUUAGAAUCAUUUUCGCCCCAACCAGUUGAAACGUUGGGCUUAUUCUGACUAUCUUGUGGUGAUACGUGAAAACUCUCUCCUGCCACUGUUUAGUUGCAGAUUCCUGAAACCCCCACUGGGGCCUCUUUAAUAUUAUUUGUGCAUUAAAAGCUACUUUGCCCCAGGGACACGGUUUCGUUGCAAUUUAUGACUCGAGCUACUUGAUUUGUAGUAGAGGUAUUUAUUGUACUGAUGGUCGAUCAGUAUUACUCUGUUUACUAUUUCUAAUAAAAUAGAAUUAUAUAGAUUGAAUAAAUUAUCCACCAA